AAGUUAUCGCCGUGUCAGAGAAGGUGAUCGUGAAGUUGGAGGAUCUGGUGAAAUGGAUGGUGUCAGAUUUGCGGAGCUGGAAGAAGGGUCUUCAGGCCGUCCCACUGAAGCCCGGUGUGCUGAAGGAGCUGGGCAAGAACGGCCAGAGAGAAGCCCUGCACAAAUACAGAGAGUCAACGCUCAACAGCGGACUCAACUUCAAGGACGUCCUCAAGGAGAAGGCUGAACUCGGUGAAGAUGCGGAUGAGAAGAAGGUUCUGGUAUUGAGUUACCCUCAGUAUUGUCGGUAUCGCUCCAUCAUUGCGCGGCUCCGCGAGCGGCCGUCGUCUCUGCUGACCGACCAUGUGGUUCUGGCCCUGGGAGGAAUUGCAUCCCUCACCAACAACACCCAGAUCCUGUACUGCAGGGACACGUUUGAACACCCCACACUGGUGGAGAACGAGAGUGUGUGCGAUGAGUUCGCACCCAAUCUGAAGGGUCGACCCCGGAAGAAGAAGCUCUCCAUCUCUCAGCGCAGAGACUCACAGAGCGGUAGUGCCAGAGAGAGCAACGGUGUGGAGGGCAAGACUCUUGUCAAGAUGAGAGCGGACUCAAAAUCAGGAGUAUCGAAGCCCAGAAACCACAGCACUGGCGGCGGCUGUAAACGAGUACAGUCCGAGGACAAACCCAAAGGGGGUGACGGAGACGAGUGCCGGACAGAUGAGCAGGCCUUCCUGGUGGCGCUCUAUAAAUACAUGAAGGAGAGGAAAACUCCCAUCGAGAGGAUACCAUACCUGGGCUUCAAACAGAUAAACCUUUGGACUAUGUUUCAAGCGGCUCAGAAACUGGGAGGAUAUGAGGUGAUCACAGCACGCCGACAGUGGAAAAAUGUAUAUGAUGAGCUAGGCGGCAACCCGGGAAGCACCAGUGCCGCCACGUGCACACGAAGACACUAUGAGAGGCUCAUCUUACCCUAUGAGAGAUUUACUAAAGGAGAAGAGGACAAACCUCUUCCACCCGCCAAACCUCGCAAACAGGAGGGCAGCGUGCAGGAGAGCAUCAUCAAAGCCAAGAUUAUGCCCAUCAAGCGGCCUAAGGAUGAACAAAAAACACCUCGUGGCGACAAGGACACAUCAGCUAAAGUCCUAGAACUGGGGAUGGAGGACAUGGAAGAGCUCCAGGAGAAGCAGGAAUUGCAGGCUCCAACCCAAACUGACAGAGAUCCAAAUAGUCCACUUACUGAAGAUGAUGAAGGUGUACUAGUGAUCAAGGAUGAAGAUCAGCCUGUGCUCCAUAAUGCUUAUGAGCAUGCAAAUGGGGGAUUGUUGCCCUCGCUUCCACAGGAUGGUGCGCAACUCAAAUCAGAGGACUGUGAUGCGUAUCCUGUUGCUGCUGUGCCACUGCAUCAUAGUCAUCCUCUUCCCAACUCUCACACCUCGGACCAAUGGAAGCAUGGGAUAUUGGUACCUCCCAGUGCCCUUGCAAAUGUUGAACACUCUAGGCCAAAAGAGGGCCAAAACCAAGUGGUAAUGGUGCUACCCACCCUACAACAUAAACCAGUCACAUCUCCAGAAAUCCCACCUGAAAGAGUGGAACCCCUUAAAAAAGAAGAAUCAUGCUUUAAUUUUAAUCCCCUCCUCUACCCCAGAGGGAAUCCUGGUAUCAUGUCCCCAUUAGCUAAGAAGAAGAUGCUUUCCCAAGUAAGUGGAACAGGACUGCUGAAUAAUUACCCAUAUGGACCUCCUCCUCCAUUAGUCAGUAGGAGGUUAUCCAGCAGUGGUACAGAAGGUUCAUCUGCUGGACAACCGAGUUCCCAGGUUUCUUCCACUAUAGAGACCAGCAUGGUGAUAAAACGACCGUCAGUGAUCCAGCAUGCUCAGAGUUUCAAGUCCAGGGGUAGUGAGGACAGGAGGUCUUCAACAGAGGGCUCUCAGAAAGAUGGGUGUUGUGAGGGAGAACCAAUGCAUCAUCCACAGACUACCCUAAUAAAAGAGCCAUACCUUAAGCGGAUCGAUCCCCAUUCCAGCAUGGAAAAAUCAGCUGAGAUGCCUCGCCCUGGCCAGGCUCCCAGCUUCCUGAGUGACUUUUAUUCCUCACCACACUUACACAAUCUCUGCCGACAAACCGAGCACCACCUGAGCAAGGAGCAGAUAAGCAAGUAUCUAAGUAGGGACGUUUUCACUCGGGACUCAGAGACUGCCCAGGGAUUUCCCCAAAGCCAACAUCCUGACAAUAUGGGCUUGAAUUUCUCUGCCCGACUUAGUCAGAAAGAAAAGGGACCUCCUCCAGAAAGGGUGACCGAGGAGCAACCAACUGAUCUGAGUCUCCCAAAAUCCUCUCCUCUUAAACUGCCUCUUUCCACAUCCACCCUGGGUGGCAUUCCACAUGCUGCAAUUCAGCAGGACAUUAAAAACUCUCCUCACUUUCAAGCGGGCAACAGUCAGAGCUCAAGUGUAGAUUACCACCCAAGAGCUUGCCGUGUUCCUCCCAUGACUGUCUCCACAUCAAAAAAGGUAACAGAAUCUCACUCAAAGGUUCUGGAGAAAACACCCAGUGGUAGAGGAGAAGAGUCGAUGGGAUUCAAGAUUGAUGAGAUGGCGCGGCCUAUUCUGAGCACCAAAAGCAGCCCACAGAACAUCUGCACUGCAAGGCCACUCAAAAGGAACAUUGAGGAUUUGGAGAACGGACCAUCGGAGAAGAAGAUCCGGGCUGUGACGCCCUUGCACUGCUCAACACAAAGAGAUGUCCCAGGGAAACCAAGGACACCGGAAGCUGACAGCGAGUCCGUGAAGCCAGCAGAACCCGCUCACGCAGUGCACAUCAACAGUUACACUUCAGAGGGCCACAAGAUCCCCUUGCACUCCCACCUGUUCCAAGGGCUGUAUCCAGGGGCUUUUGUAUCUCAGGUCCAGGACAUGUGCGAAAGCUUGGGCUCCCAUGUCACACCAAGUUACUCCCAUCCACUGCAGUACUUGAAGAACCAGGCUGUUCUGUCACCACUCAUGCCCCCCUUCGCCAUUCAUUCCUUAAUGAUGCAAAGACAAUUCUUGGCCGCCAACCCAGCUCACAUGUACAGGCACCAAGUGGGUACCUCAUACGGGGACAUUCUGCACCCUGGCCUCUACCCCAUGUCGGCCCUUCACCCCCAACCAGCUUUCAGUCCCCCUCAACUCUCUUCAGUGCACCCCAGCACUAAACUUUCCUAGGUGAAGCAGUCUGGUAUUUCCAAGCUGGAUGCGCUUAACUCAAGACUUGAUGCUCACCAGAAAAUCCCAUCAAGCAUGGUCAACACUAUGUAUCCAACGAAUAGCAGUGUUUUGUAGACGCUUUGACAAGGGAGCAGUUAUUUCUGUUUUUACCUUCUUGCCACUAAAGUUUAUGAUUUGCACAUUUCUUCGAACAGGGGCCAACUGGGCUAAUUGUGUCUUGUUCUCACCGCACUGUUUGAAAGUGUCGGCUGUCAUGUUUAAAAUCAUGUUGCCUUGGCACAGGUGCCCAAGUAGAGAUGGGCAUGAUGUCCAUGGGGACAUCCAAAGGAAAGUCGAGUGACAAAUCAGUGCAAUGCAACAGUGCUAUUUCAGUCCAUUCUGAGAGCUCUUUUGUCUGAAACACUAUGAUACGAUAAUGCAAGAGCUGCCUGGGUAACUGUCGGACCUUUUCACAUUACUCUUGACUGUACUUUUUUUGUUGUUGUUGUUGUUAUUUUUAUUAUUUUUUAAUGUAACAGUGUGGUAGUUUUCUAUGUUUAUUUUUUAAUCCUACAAGGGUUAAGCAAUGAGAUAUCACAUUUGAUAAAAACAGACCUGAUUGCAGUUUGUUGUGCUACACGGUUACAUGUAAAUAAGACUAACUGAGCUUUCCUUGAAGGAAUUUAAAACGUCAGUGAUACAAUGUGAAGUAGGCUUCACAAGCUUCUUUGACCACCACCACCGUCUGCUGGCCUCCGUUCAGCUCCUCUCACACCCGGCCAAUCUCUCUCCUGUCUGCCAGAGCAAUGUGGAAUGUGUUUGUCAAAUGUAGGACUGAGGUGCUUGUACAUUACCUUCACAAAUUGAACGCAUUUUUGUAUCAUGUUCACUCGCUACUGUAAAUUCUGACUGCUCUGAACUGAGGGGCUUGAGCGCUUUUUUUGGAUGAUGAGAGGAUAAAAAACAGAACUACUUAAGAGUCAGAAAGUGAGUUUUGUAUUUGCUGGUGUUCACUUGUGAUCGCUUACUCAGAGGACUUUUUAUCAGGACAUACAACUGAAAUGUAAAACUACAUUUGGGGAAAAACACAUUUUUUGAGCACUUAGUUAAGCACACAGGCUUUUCCAUCAGUUUAUGUUUAAGGUUAGCUACCAGUUAUAAUUUGUUUUAGAUAUUGUUUGAAUUUUAGGUCUGUAAGUGCUGGCAGCAGUUAAAUUCGCGUCUGUAUUAAAUGAAGUGUAACACUUUUCCAGAAAAGACUUUUUCAUUUUAAAAAAGCAUGAUUUCUUUGCACAAAAGAUAUUGGAAAAGUACCAAGACAAUUUGAAAAGCAACACAGUACUCCUAGGGGUAAUCAAUUAUAUUUUUCUUUUUUGUUUUCUUUUCUUUUUUAUGUAUUAGUAGUAGAAACUAAAAUUCAAGAAAUGUAUUUACUCCAAUGGUGUUUGGAGUAGCACUCAAGGUUGCUAUGUAACAUUUUGUAAUGAGUAAUAAACAGUUUUAUAACUUA